CACCUGGGUCUCUAGCCACUAGCGAUAUGGAUAACCGCAGUUUGCUGCUGAGGCUCUCGAUUGUGGUGGCGCUGGUGUUGCUGCUCGUCUGCGUACCGGAAACGGAUGCGGGGGGCCACCAGAAGAAAAAGAAAAUCGUGAUCCACGUGCCCAUUCACAAGAAAAUCGAAAAGCACAUACACACUGUGGUGAAACACGUGCACCACCACCACAAGCCGCUCGUCCUGAAGGAGGAGAAGAAGGUGAUCCACGAGGACCAUCGACCCAUCCAGAUCCACCAGACCAAGGAGCACAUUCACCACCACGAGAAGCACGAUCAUCACGAUCACCACGACCACCAUGAUCACCACGAUCAUCACGAACACCACCACCCACUUCCGCCUCCGGUAGCGCCUCCAGUCCUGCCGGAACUCGAGGAGGAAGAGGAGCACAUCCACCACCACCACAACUACGAGCACAGAGGCAGACUGCGGGACGACUUCAUCGGCGGCGACGGGAGCAGCAGUGAGGAGCGCUGACUAUGCAGCGCCCAAGUGGGGGCGCAGACUUACCGGAGGUGGUAGACGUGGACCGAUCGAUCGAAUCAACCCGGCUCCUUGUGAUUC